CCCAGGCAUCACCCAGAGCAGCAGCGGGAGGAGGCGCCAGGCAGGCAGCCGGCCGGCCGGCUUCCAGGCAUCUCUGCGCUCCGGGCUCCCUCCACACCCCCAACUCCGAGCAGAGAGCGAACCGGCUCCGCAUCCCCUGUGCCCCUGCCCCGCAGCCCCGGGACCAAGCCAUGAAGCAGGCUCUGAUGGAAGUCAUGAGGAUGAACAGGAUUUGCAGGAUGGUCUUGGUCACUUGCUUCGGAUCUUUUAUCCUGGUCAUCUUCUAUUUCCAAAGUAUGUUGCAUCCAGGAAUGAGGAGCAUGGAUGCUGGUCCUGUACCUUCUAACAAAUCAGGAUUUCUAACUGGAACAACUUUUCCACUUGAUCAGAACAGACUGCAAGUAAUACGUAGAAAUCCAUUUGGAAUGGACAUCUGUUGUCGGAAGGGGUCAAGAAGCCCGCUCCAGGAACUGUACAAUCCCAUCCAGUUGGAGUUGUCUAACACAGCAAUCCUUCAUCAGAUUAGGAGAGACCAAGUCACAGAUACGUGUCGAGCCAACAGCAUGUCUAGCAGGAAACGCCGUGUGCUGACACCCAACGAUCUCAAACAUUUGGUGGUGGAUGAAAAUCAUGAAAUGAUCUAUUGUUAUGUACCCAAGGUGGCCUGUACAAACUGGAAGAGAGUCAUGAUGGUCUUGACAGGAAGGGGCAAAUACAGUGACCCCAUGGAAAUACCAGCCAAUGAAGCCCAUAUAUCCUCAAACCUGAAGACCCUCAACCAGUACAGCAUUCCAGAGAUCAACCACCGCUUAAAAAGCUACAUGAAGUUCCUGUUUGUCCGUGAGCCUUUUGAGAGACUGGUGUCAGCCUAUAGGAACAAGUUCACUCAGAAGUACAACACCUCCUUUCACAAGAGAUAUGGUACCAAAAUUGUGAGGCGCCAAAGGAAAAAUGCCACCCAGGAGGCACUGCGUAAAGGCGAUGAUGUGAAAUUUGAGGAGUUUGUGGCAUAUCUCAUUGACCCAAAUACCCAAAGAGAAGAACCUUUCAAUGAGCACUGGCAAACUGUCUACUCCCUCUGCCACCCCUGCCAUAUCCAUUAUGACCUCAUAGGAAAGUAUGAAACACUUGAAGAUGAUUCCAAUUACAUCCUUCAACUUGCAGGAGUAGGCAGCUACCUGAAGUUCCCCACCUAUGCAAAGUCUACGAGAACUACUGAUGAAAUGACCACAGAGUUCUUCCAGAACAUCAGCUUGGAACACCAAACACAACUGUACGAAGUGUACAAACUUGAUUUUUUAAUGUUCAAUUACUCAGUGCCAAGCUACCUGAAACUGGAAUGAGGGGGAGAAGGAGGAAAGAGAGCCUGUUUUAUUUAAGAUUUUUAUUUGUCAUAAUAAAUAUGGAGAAUUGUUAUUUUGUAAAUUAAUAUUUUCCUUUUGAAUGAUGCUGCGAGCAGCACAGUCAAAAUUAUUUAAAUCAUCCAUAAGAAAGGACAGUUCUCUUUGCGGGGUAACAGGAUGGUGGUGAUCUCUCUUUAGAAAUGAUUAUUACUGCUACACUGUUUAUAAACGUUAAUUGUGUUCUGGUGAAUUUCAUUUAUCUUUGCAUUCAACAAAUUCUAAUUAAUGUUAUUUAUACUUAUUGAAAACAUGGUCUCUUGGUGGGUUUCACUUGAGCAGCAGAUAUACAAUAAUAUUUGGACAAAGGGAAUCUGGUUUUGUGCUUUCCUCAGCUGAAUUUAUUUGUUUAUUGUUACUAGCCGUAUGUUUUGGAAACCCUAAUAGAAAUAAUUUCUUCCAAGGCAAUUCUGCACUUAAAGCAAAAUUAGAAAGUUCUCUUCUCAUACAAGAAAGAAAAUAUGAAACACAUUUUGUUACAAAAAUAUUUAAAAUCCAGGACUAAGAGAAAUUGGUUUCUUCAAGGGAUACAUUCAAGCAUACAUUUCUUAUCUGGACAUGGUAAUAUCACCAGUAUCGUUUGUGUCCCAGUGCCUGGCAUGUCCAAACCUGCCAGCCCAAUGAAUGCUGACAGGGAUUUGUGCAUAUUACAGACCAACAAAGUAUGUGCCAAGAAUUUCAAGAUUAACUAGAGAGAGUCUGAAUGCUCAACCUGAACCACUUUAAUGGAGGCCUGAUUUCAGCGAGUGAGUGCUUAACAUUUACUUUAAAAAAAUCAGGUCCUUUUAAAAGAUCUUAAGUUGGGCACUCAAACUCACUAGUCACUUCAGAGAAUCUUGGCAAUAAGAAGUUUGUAUAUACGGUACAGGCAUCCAAAAAGAUCACCUUCAUAUUGAGCUGAGCAUAUGGGGCAAGAAAAGCACUCCUGUAUCCUUAAUACAUGUUGGCUUCAUGGCCUCUCCCCUCCAGGAGUAGUGGUGUUUUCUAUUUAUUAGUCAAUAUUAAACAUAAUUGGUGAGCAUGUUUCUAAUUUCCAGUGGUUUCAUCCUGCACCUGAGCUAAGUCUAGUAUGAGAACACGACCCUUGGAUGUAAGGUGAAUGUUUCUGUAGUGGGUGCUCUGUAUAUAAUGUUUGUUGAGAUGGCAUAUUGUGCCAGGAGCAGUAGAUUGUUGAAAACAUUCUCCAGAUAACAAAAUAAAACAAAGUAUGGAUAAUUUAGUCACUAUAAAUAAGAAAAAAUGGUAUUCUAAUCCAGAACGAUUAGCAAACUCAGUGCAAAGAAUACAGACUUCUCCAACUGCAAAAAUUAUUUAAUUUUAUCUGUGUUGGACGUAAAUGGGAUCCAGCAGUGGGUAUGCUAUUUAUGAAAUAUUACAUACUCACUACUGAGCUAUCUUGACCUGGAGAGGUAGCAGAGGGAACAAAUUCAAUACAUUGCUUUACCACUUUCUUCUGGCUUAUUUUGCUGGAGCUGAAAAUGGAACAGAGGAAUUUGUCUGAACAAGGUGUUGAUGAUCUAGGCUGUCACUGUGACAAGUGAAAAGUACUUUAUCAUCAUAAAAGCGAUAGAUUUUACAAAAUCAAAGGUUGCUAUUAAUUUUGCAAACAUUCAUUGGGCUUGGAUUUUGUUUUGCAAAAAACAAGGUGAUGGGUAAAAAAAAACCUUUCAAAGGUGCCUAUGUGAUUUAGGAGCCUACAUGUGAUGCUUUUUUUAACUUAGAGUUGUCCAUACCCGUCUCUCACUAUAAUCAAAUUCCCAAUGUUCACAAGUUUCGAGGAAAGUUAGAUAAAACAGCUCUGCUUUUGACCCAAUAUAUCAGUCUCUGGGCUAGACCUGGAAUUACACAGAUUUACAAUUGUGUCAGUCACCAGGACCCACACAGAUACUGUUGACUUUUAAAGGGGACUAGGACUUAGAGGAAAUAGGAGUUGGUCUUAUUUUGCAAAGCUAUUGCUGGACAAAAAUCUCAGUCAGGACAAAGUAACAAAGCUAAGAAGAAGCAACUAACAUACUUUUACAGCUGAAAUUUGGCCUUUAACCGCACCCCCUCCAGUCAAUUCUAAAAUGGACAUUUUAUAUAUAAAACCCAGAUACUAUUUGGGAGAGAGGAUAGCAGCAGGGCUAGUAUGCAACUGGCUGUCUGAAUUUAUGAAUUCUCAAGUGGUUUCUAAUUGUCUACUCAUGUUUUACUUGAAAGCAGUUUUGUCUUGGAUAGCGUGUGGGGAUCUGGUGCAAGUGCCUACACAGUGUGUGCCCUGUCUCUCUUUUAUUAUGUAGUUCACUGGUUAUAUAUUUGCUUUUUUAAAGCCCCAUCUACACUGAUGGUGGAUUUUUUCUACAAGUUAUUUAUAGGUUGUAUCUGCUUGCUCAAUGUUGUGCCUGGCAGUAUUAGUAUUUUGGUCCAAUUUUCUCUAUCAUCCGUUGGGUGUGUUUUCUCCCUUUACAGGAAGUUAUUUUAAAAUUGUCAUGUAAGAAAAAAUGCUGGUCAGUAAAUUUUUAAAAACUAAGGAAUGAUGCACUUUCCCUCUGUCUUUUUGUUUCUACUCAUCCCUUGUCAUCAUCACAAUUUCAUGUGUUCUUAUAUAUUCUUUCAUUUGACUAUUUUGUGGACACAUUUCAUGUUUUUUGAUAAAAAGCACUGGGUGGAGAAUGUUUGGCAAAAUGAGGAAAUUGCAUGCUAUUAAAAGAACCAAGAUUUUCAACAGCAGCUGGUGAUUCGGAUGCCUAAAUUGAGGCACUUUAAAAGAAGCCUGAUCUCAGAAGGCAGGUGCUCAGCACUUUCUGAAAAUCCUUAUACAAGUUGUCUCAAAUUGAGCACCCAAAAUCGCUUGUUGUUCUUGAAAGUCUUGGGCCUAGAUUAAUCACAGGCUAUUGAUUUAAAUAAGGUGCAACAAAUUUGACAACAUUGAGUAUAGUUCUAAAAAAAACAAAUUGACAAAUAGAAUAUGGUAAUAUCCUGCUUCCUAAUUGGGAUUAAACAAGAGGAUCUACUUAAAACUACAGGGUGUAUUGAUUUGACUGAGCCAAAUUUUCUUUUGCCUGAACCCAUAGAGAUGUGGAUCUUCCUAUAUAUUUAAAAAGGCAGCAUCCUUUCACAGUGAAAAGACUGGCAGAAAAACAAGAUUUCUCUUUUUUCUCCCACAAUUUCCCAAACCCAAGAUAAAAGAUUGAAUCCAGCAAUGGAAUUCAGAGCAUCCAUUUAUCCUUAAUUCCACUAACACAUCACUCACACCUAAUAUUUAAGACCAAUGAAAACUUCACAGAGCAGAGGUUUCAUAAGUGUAGUUUGACUUAAUUUUUGUGUGUUGUUGGGGGUGAUGGUGGAAAGCAGUUCCAGUCAGGCCAACAGGGCCAUUUGGGGCAAGGGGGGAGAAUGCAAAUUCCAUGCCUGCCCAAAGCUUACAGUUCUGGGGGGAGGGGGGCAAAGUGACAACAGCUGAAAAAUGAGGAGUAUAAAACUAAGUACAAAACAUUGAUCCCAUAGAGUACAUACAAAGCCUGAGGCCAUGUCUUCAUGCUCUGAUAGUUGUUACCAGUGUGGCUAGAGUAGAGUAGUUUGUCUGCAGUGGAUCCAAACCUGUAAGCUUCUGGACUCUAAAGUAUAUUGAGUCCACCUCAUGAAAUGUCAUCUAGUUAGAUUUAACAGAAAUUGGACUUCCUCUAUGCUUCAGCCUCCUAACAAACAUUUUUAGAGUCUGUCUAACCAAGUCUUACACACUGCAACGGCAAAGUUCUUUUAGAAGUAAAUUGACCCCUGCUGUUUUAAGGUUAACUGUAGUCUGCUGCACUUUUCAGGUACAAAAAGGGACUGUCCUUACUAUUACUCUUGUUACAGAGAGUGUUAUUUUCUUACAUGCAUGCACAAUACAUGUACAUAUAAUUUAACAUCAAUGUGAGGUUUGAUUUUUUUUAACCUAUUUGUAUGCAGUAGAAGGCUUGUUGUAGAAAAGUAUCUCCUCAUAUCUGAAUAUACUAUUAAUAAAAUGAACAAAAAAAGCUAACUUAUACAUUGCCAACAAAAGUGUGAACUGCUCAUGAAUCUUUCCCUGAAGAGAAAAAAAAAGCCAUUCAAGCCUGAUU